CGUAUCUCAGCGUCUGGAUUGUGCUCACAGCUAUUCUCAGCACUCUUGCUUGGAGACAGUUUCCUUGUUCCCAAAAUGAAUGCCCACGAUCUAUCCGACCCGCUUGUGAAAAAAGAAAAGGAGCUUAUUGAGGAAUCUCACAAGUCCCGUCAUGAAAUCAAUCAAAUCACAAAGAGCAAAACUUCUGCUGCGGAUUACAGGAUUCAUAAAUCCGAGUCGGCUUCUCGGAUUCACCAAGAGCGGACUGGAUUUCCCCUAAAGUACACUGCGGGAGAAGGCGUAAUUGGCGAACAACGGACAAAAGGCAAGAAGAAGGAGGAAAGUCAGGAAGAGGGCGCGCGUCAUCAAUAGAUGUCGCGCAUCCUGUCGCCAAAACGGGAUAAAACCAUAUCUCACUCGCUACUGUGUUUAACCUCCGAGCGAGUGUGCUUGUAUAUACGUCUCAUUGGGUCUUCAUGUAAAGUUUAUGGUCUGUCCAAUGUACAUUCAGCGAGAUUUCAGUAUCCU